AUGGAGAAUCGCUUGCGACUGAAACCCAAGAAGAUAGCCAGAGUGCAAGAGAAGCUGAAGCAGCGCCGUGCCGUGAACCAUGAAUACCUGAGCCUGCUCGGGCGGUACGAAUGCCUGCGGGAGGAAGUAGAGCCCGGUUUCCGACCAGAUGAACUGCAGCCGGUGAUCGACGACCGGGCUCAACUUGCAGAGAUGGCCAUACUCAAGGUCAAGAUGGCCGAAAAGAACAAGGAGCUUGCCGGCGUGGACCGAGAGGUGAUGAUCGAGGAGCUCGACAUAUGGCCGCAUUCCUUCGAGUUUCUCGAACGAAGGAUGAGGCGUGAGAGCAACCGCUUCCUAGCUGCUGGUGAGGAGGUGUGGGCGAGUGAGAGGGAGAGGAUCGGAGAGCGGCGUGACUCAAGUUUCUUCUCUAUGAGCAAUCUCGACUUUCAUGAUUGCCUGGAGGCUCUUUACCGAGAACCUGGUGCUCCUGGCAGGGAAGCAAUGUUUGGCACAAGCACAAUGGGCGAAACCAUGGUGGUGCCUUCUGACGGUUGGAGCGCAGACUCUGACGGAGAACACAUGGUGCGGUGCCAAAUAUCUGGAGAAUUGUUCCCGGUAGCUGAUAUGAGGACUGCUCCCAUCGUUCCCGAUUUUGUUCAUACCAGCGACUUCGGCCCGUUGCUGUUCGGGGGUGAUGCAGAAUCACUCCGAGGACCCGGCAACUCUCUUUCCCUCCACAGAGAAAUCGCGAAGUGGUUCGGGACGUACAAGCUUGUAAUCCUCCCAAAUAAUCCCGAAGAAACACCCAUCAGGCGCUGGAAAACGGCGGUCAUCUCCCCCCAGCUGAACAGCGAGCGCUUUGCGGGUCAGGAAACGCUCGUUUCGGCGUUCCAGUCACAGGAGCUGGUCUUCAGCGACGAGGAGCGUCCGGUUGAGGAAUUUGCCUAUUUCCACUUCGUGAUGGCUCUCGUCCGCGCCAAGAUGCUCAACUGUGAGGGAUGGCGGGAUGUGUGGGCCAAGUACUGGAUCAACCCCCCUUUCCCCCGAGCGAGUUUGUACAUGCGAGAAUGCAUGAUGUUUGCUUUGUUUACGCAUUUCGACUUUUGCGGCUUGGAUCUGGCCAUCAUCGACUCAUGGAUCCAGGGUAACGGAUUUUACGAGGACGAGAUUCUCCGUGGUCGUGAAAAGGACGAGUUGGCACGCCGGAUCCUGGUUGGAGUAGAGGAGGCAGUGGUGAAAACAGAGGACGAAGCGGAAAGAAUCGCCGCUCCGGACGAUUCGGAAACGGAGUCUGAAACCUCCGAAGACUCUGAUAGCUCCGAAGACUCGGAGGAUGAUUCGGAAGCAGAUAGCUCUGACGACGAUUCAGAAUCUGAUGGCCCUGAAGAUGAUUCAGAAGCGGAUAGCUCUGAGGAUGAUUCAGAAGCGGACAGUUAUAAAGAUGAUUCGGAAACCGGCAGCUCUGAUGAUGAUUCUGAAGCUGAUAGCUCUGAGGACGAUUCAGGAGCUGAUAACCCUAGAGAUCAUUCAGGGACGGGGUCCGAUAGUACAGAGUAUUACACGAUGAAGGAAUGA